AUGAACAGUGAGAGUUUAAAAGGGCCUGAAAACGUAAACAAGCCAAUAAAAAACAGCCUAGAAAACGAGAAGGGCUUGCUUAAUUCUCAUAUAAGCACUGUUUCUAGUGAUCUCAACAAUAAAUCCAAUGAAACAGAAAGCGCUUUAAACGUUAUAGACAGCUUAAGAAAUAAAAUAGCUGAGAUUUUGAGUAGACCAAACAAUCCAGAAUUAGAGAUAGAUUUUAGGACAACUUGCUCAGCAAUUCAGACCAGUCUUAGUUUUUAUGAUCCGCCACUAAUGCAAGCUUACCAAGAUUAUCUUAAUGCUUAUCAACAAAAGACAUCUCUUUAUAAUAUUACAAGCUAUAACAGCACAACUAAAUUGCAUAUUUAUAACACUGAAACAGAAACAGAAGAACUCAAAAUUUUGCAGAUUCCAGAACGGCUAGACCGAGGCACUUGCAUAACUCAACUUCCAAAUGGCAAGCUAUUCUGCUAUGGUAAAGGGUACCCAGUUUCUGGGACUACAGUGCUGAUUGAUGCAAAUGGCGUAUUCGAAGUUCUGCCAUCUGGAACAGAAAAAUCGCAGCUAUUUUUUAUCAAUUUUGUACUUUCUCUUGCUUUAAAAUAUCUAUAAAGUGGUUCCACUCUGAUUUAAAUUGGAACUCAGACCAACUCAAUCUAACACAUCUUAAAAGAAAUCAUUAAGAAAUAGCACUCAUCUGGAACUCCUUGCUCAAUCUCAUCAUGUAUGCUGGAUUUAAAGAAUGAUGAUUGCAUAUCGAUAAUCUUUUGAAAGUGCAUAUUGGCGGCAUAAAUUAUAUGAUAUACUCACAAACUGCAAUUCAUCUUCCAAGUAUUGGCAUUUUCAGUAAGAGACAUCCAUAGCAGGAAAGUGCAUAAAAGAUUCAAUAAUUUAUAUAACCCAUUCCAUUAUUUCUCAAUCCCAACAGAAAUUUAUAAUCCAUCUCCUACUUUUAUCUUCAAAAGUUAAACUCUGUCAGAGACUGCAAUAAAAUAUCAAGUGACCUAUAUCUAUUUCGACAACAGCGUCUAUUGCUUUGGAGGAAAGAAUAAGAUAGAUUUAACUCUAUCUUGUAGAUUUGAUUUGGAUCAAAAUCGGUGAAUUCAAUUAAUUCCUAUGCCACAAGCUGAUUGCUAUUUCAGUAGUAUAAUAUUUAAAAGAAAUAUUUUGAUUUCUGGAUAUGAUAGCAGACAUCUUUUGUUAUACUCAAUUGAUAUUGACUCUUUCUCGACAGUUCCUUAUAAGUUUGAAGAUAAGAAAAAAAAGAUCCUGAUAAAUGCAGAGAGACUAUAUUUGAUUGAAUGCGACAAGGGAUCAAUCUAUGAAAGCGAAAUUGGAAGUUAUGUGAAUUGGAGACGAAUAGCAUACUCAAAACUGAAUUGCAAUCCUGAUCAAGUGUAUUGUUCAUAUAAUAAAGGAGGAAUAUACAUCUCAACUAUUUCUGAUUCGACUAGAGAAUAUUAUUAUUUUAGCUUAGAUCAAAAAAUCAUUAUUGAUGUUGCUUACCAUAAUGAGUUUGUCUCUCUUAGAAGAGUAGGUCAAAAGAUUGAAGCAAUAAAAUGAAAUGUCCAUAAUUUUAAGCUCGAUCCUUAUUAUCUGGAUGAAUGAAAUCUAAAAGGCAAUACUCUAAGAGAUUUAGGAAGUAAUCUAUCAACAAGCGAAUGAUAUGGUGAAGAAAUCAAACUCCAUCCAAACGAAGUUAGUUUAUACUGUUUUAAAGGCAACGCUUUAAAUAAUUUAGAAAGAUAUCUAGAAGCAAUUGAAUGCUAUGAUGAAGCAAUCAAACUAUAUCCAAAAGGUGCUGAAAUUUACUAUAAGAAAGGGUAUGCUUUAAAUCAAUUAGGAAGAUAUCAAGAAGCAAUAGAAAGCUAUGACGAAGCAAUCAAAAUCAAUCCAAAUGAUGCUAUGAAUUAUAAUGAUAAAGGCAAUACUCUUUAUAUUUUAGAGAGAUAUCAAGAAGCAAUACAAUGCUAUGAUGAGGUAAUCAAGCUUAUACCUAAUAAUCCUUUGUAUUUCUGCAAGAGAGCUAGAGCAUUUAAUCAUCUCAGACAAGAAGAAGCAGCUUUGCAGGACUUUAAUAGGGCUUAUAAUUUGAAGCAAGCUGGUCGGCCAAGUGGUGUUUCCACUGGGAAUGAAUGAAACCUCUCUGAAAAAGAUAUCAAUUUUAUAAACGAUUUAUUAGGCCGAGACCGUAUUGAACUACUCCAAAAAAUGCAGAUAAAAGCUGUUGAUUCAGAAGAAGAAUUUAAAGAGUCUAAGCGGAGAAGAGAUUUAGAUUUUAGUGUGAACUCUUCUAAGUAG